UUACACUGGCCCAUUGAAGGCAGCAUUUGUUUCACAGAGCUUUCCAGUGAACAGUUAAUGUGUCUGUGUGUUGGCCGUCCUUUUUCUCCUUCUCCUCCCACACAGACAAACCAAUACAAACAUAUCUGUACAGUGAGGAGUCCAGUCAGGGCGCCUACAGGGACACUACACAGUCUUUUUUUUUUUUAAAGGCAGAGAGAUGGCACAGACCGACAGCCAACGUUUUCCUGAGAUUGUGGAGCUGAACGUGGGCGGCCAGGUGUACGUGACCCGACUCGAGACUCUAACAGCGGCCCCAAACUCUCUCCUGUGGACCAAGUUCACCCAGAGCUCCCCGGGCGAGCUGCCAAAAGACAGCAAGGGCCGCUUCUUCUUCGACCGGGACGGCUUUCUCUUCCGCUACAUUUUGGACUACUUGCGGGACUCGGAGCUUUUCCUGCCCGAGUUUUUCAAAGAAAAGAGACGACUGCAGAAAGAAGCGGACUUCUUUAAGCUGCCGGAGCUGUCGAGGCUCCUGGCAGCAGGCAGCAAAGACAGCUCGGAGGACAGCGGGGAGCCGGAGGAGGUUGAGCUGCUCGCCAGCCCGGUCACCUCCUCCUCCUCUUCCUCGGACCGGACCCCUCGGUCCCCGGGGGGUGCGGGCAACGCGGGCUUCAUCACUGUCGGGUACAGAGGCAGCUACACUAUCGGGAGAGACAUCCAGGCGGACGCCAAAUUCCGCAGGGUGGCAAGAAUAACUGUCUGUAGCAAGAUAUCUCUGGCUAAAGAGGUGUUUGGAGAAACCCUGAACGAGAGUCGAGACCCAGACCGCCCUCCUGACAAAUACACCGCCAGGUAUUACCUCAAAUAUAACUUUCUGGAGCAAGCGUUUGACCGGCUGGCAGACGCUGGUUUCCACAUGGUGGCCUGUAACUCCACUGGGACCUGCUCGUACGCCAGUAACGACCCGGCGGAGGACAAACUGUGGACCAGUUACACCGAGUAUGUUUUCUGCCGAUGAACUGGACUGAAACUGCAACAGUGCAGUCGUGCCAACCACUAAUUUCACUUAUAGGUUAUAGUUCACAAGUUGCAAAAGCUCAAACGUCAUAAAUGGUCACUUUUCAGAACUAGUUGUUGCUUAAGUUUUGGUCACUUUUGGCUCUGUGCAGUGGGAUGUGCGGAGCAAGCCAGACUUCAACUUUUCUGCCAUUUUCCCCACAAAUUCUGCAAGAAGAAGACUUCCUCCAGACCUUAAACUUCAAUCUCAUUGGUCUGACAAAACCACUAUGUGGACAUGUCACUGCAGGGCCCCUAACUGGGUUAUUUUGAUGACCCUUUAUUGCUUUUACAGAGACAGUUAAAGUAAAUGACAUUAGUAGUUUAUUGGCAGAAAUGGUAGGGUCUGGUUUCUUUUCAUCCUAUCUGAGCUUCACCUGCAUUGUCAUGUUUUUGUAGCACGGCUUUUGGUAUUCUGAACACAUUAACAUGGUCAUACUGUAAAUAGCCUAAUGUUUGCUCUGGCUUUGACCUGUAUGCUCCCUACCCGGAGUAACUCUGGGGAUUAAUGGAUAAUGAAGAUAGUUGCUUCUUUGUGUAAUCUUUUUUUUUGUUUAGUUUGAUUAACAGACCAUUAGGCAUAUAGUGUCACAUAUAGCUUUAAAGAUUACACAUAAUGCAACAUUGUUUUGUGCCAUUCUUAAUUUGUAUUGUUCUGUCUCUAAAGCUGCAGCAAAUAAAGUGUGACGUUGACCAACACUA